GAGGCAACCAAGAACCUCGCUAUGUACGAGAAGCAGCAGGUUAACCUCGAAGAGCGUAAGAAACACGCAAACACGAAGGCCAACAAGUUGAAGAAGUCCUUGAAGGAUGAUCAAAAAUCAAGGGAUGAAGCUCUUCGUUUUAUUGACACAAACACCGAGAAGAUGCAGAAAGAGAAGGACAAGCUUACUGAGCUCGAAGAGUCACUUGGACGAGAGGAGAAUGUCCUUGAGGGCAUUAGGGACAACAAAACGCAAGUUUUCCAUGACCAGAUCGAAGUGAAGCAGAAGGAGCUGCAACCGUGGACCGCACAAAUUAACGCGAAACAAGCAGAAAUAGACGUCGCAGUCAGCGAGCGCGAUACACUUGCUAAGAAGGCGGAGGCUGUGCAGAACUCUCGCAAGGACGCACAGGAAGCCCUCGAGCAAUUGCAGUCUGAUCAUUCUGCAAAGGAAGCUGAUAAGGAAGAGCUCCAACGAAACAGGAGUAAUCUCCAGAAGGAGCUGGAAGCUGGCGAAAAGAAGAUCCAAGACUUGCAGAAGAGUGUUGAGGAAUUGCGUUCCAAGGCAUCAUCAGCUCGUCAAAAGGUAGAUGAAGCAAAGGCAUCUCAAGCUGCCAAUACCUCGCAGAACCGGGUGCUCGAUGGAUUAAUGCGACUGAGAAACAGCGGACGCAUUUCAGGCUUCCAUGGACGUCUGGGAAGCCUAGGGACUAUCCCCGAAAAAUACGACGUUGCUGUCUCAACAGCAUGUCCGGCGCUAAACAACUUGAUUGUCGAUACUGUCGACCAGGGACAGGCAUGCAUAGAGUAUCUUCGUAAACAGAACCUGGGACGAGCUUCUUUCAUUGUUCUGGAGAAGCUCUCACAGACAAACGGCCUUGAGAAGAUCGCGACGCCGGAGAACGUUCCACGACUCAUGGACCUCAUCCAGCCGCGAGAACCGCGUUUUGCUCCUGCGUUCUUCAAGGCUGUCGGCAAUACCCUCGUCGCAAAUGACCUCGAACAGGCGAACCGUAUCGCUUAUGGUCAAAGGCGGUGGCGCGUUGUGACACUCACUGGCCAACUUAUUGAUACGUCAGGAACGAUGUCCGGUGGUGGAACACAUGUUUCACGUGGUUUGAUGAGCUCUAAGUUAGUUGCAGAAGCUGUGGAGCCCGAAGUCAUUCGUAAAUACGAACAGGAAAGCAACGACGCAGCAAGGAAGCUCGAGGUUGCACUUGCACAGCUUCGAGAAUUCGAGACCUCUAUGGACAACUUAACCCGGAGAGUCCCAGAGCUCGACAUGUCAUUACAGAAAAUCGAUCUUGACAUACAAACGGGCGUGAAGAGGAUAGCAGAAGCUGAGAAGCGAGUGCGGGAGCUAAAGUCGAAGAGCAAGCCGGACGAAGGAGACCUCGCUCGGAUAGCAACACUUGAUCACGAGAUUGCUUCGUCAACCGCCGAACUCGAGAAAAUCAAGAAGAAAGCGAGCGUUGUUGAGAAAGCUAUCCAGGAUCUCGAAAAGAAAAUUCUCGACAUCGGUGGUGCGAAGCUUCUUUCGCAGAAGUCAAAGGUCGACGGGAUCAAGCUGCAUAUUAACCUUGCGAUGGAUGAGAUCACCAAAGCCGAGGUGAACAAGGCAAAGGCCGAAAAGGACUCUGUACGAUUUGCAAAAAAUAUCGAGAACCAUUCGACUGCGCUCGAAGAAGUUGAUGUUGAGCUCGAAGAUCUGAAUGGCAAGUUAUCGGAGGUCAACAAGUUCGUUUCUGAGACUCAGUCGAAAGUCGACGCUGCCCAGGCUGCAGCGGAUAACGCCAAGGACGAUCUGGAGAAUUUGAAAGCUGAGCUCGACGAGAAGACUGAACAGAUUCAGAAGUUCAGGAAACGAGAGAUGGAGAUUAAACAGCAUCUCAAUGAUGCAAAGAAGGAGAGUCAUGAGAAUGAAAGAGCUAUCGAGCACUAUCGUCUCGAGCAUGACAAACUCAAGCUUGAGGAAGACGAUGAAGAGGAGGAAGAUGGGGAAGGUGCAGCCGAAGCCAGGACCGAAAAGGCUGAAGGUGAAGCGGAUGCGGCUCGACCAUCUGAAGAGCCGACAUCGGAAGGAGAGAAAAUCGUCAAGCCUGAGCCUACGGAAGAAACAGUCCCACCUCCCAAGAAGCGAGCGCGUACACCUUCAUUCGAAUUGCAUAUAUAUUCUGUCGAAGAACUGUCACGGUUUAAGAAGAAAGAGCUUCUUGCCGACGUCUCUCUCUUAGAUGAACAAAUUAAGAACUCGAGUCCCAACCUCGCGGUGCUCAAGGAGUAUCGCAAACGCGAGCAAGAAUUCCUGAAUCGCGCAAAGGAUCUUGAGGAAGUGACAAGUCAGCGGGACGCCCAAAAGGCUCACUAUGAUGGCCUUCGGAAGCAGCGAUUGGAUGAGUUCAUGACAGGAUUCAAUGCAAUUUCUGCGAAGCUGAAAGAGAUGUACCAGAUGAUUACGCUUGGAGGGAACGCAGAGCUCGAGCUUGUGGAUAGUAUGGAUCCAUUCUCGGAGGGGAUUAUCUUUUCUGUUAUGCCGCCGAAGAAGAGCUGGAAGAAUAUCUCUAACUUGUCUGGUGGAGAAAAGACACUGAGUUCUUUGGCACUCGUCUUCGCUCUUCAUGUGUUCAAGCCUACGCCGUUAUAUUUUAUGGAUGAAAUUGACGCUGCACUGGACUUCCGUAAUGUCUCAAUUGUGGCCAACUAUAUCAAGGAUCGCACGAAGAAUGCACAAUUUAUCAUUAUUUCUCUCCGCAAUGACAUGUUUGAGCUCAGUCAUCGUCUCAUUGGCAUUUAUAAGACAUCUAACGCAACUAGAAGUGAGUCCAUCCGUCCUCAUUUUCAGCCUUUGUGCACGUUCUUACCGAUUACUCAGGCAUCUCAAUAA